UCUGCCGAGUGCUGGUGCUCGAACACGCUGCGUCUUUUUAAAGGCAAAUUACACAUUUUUUCAUCAAUCGUGUUCUCAUAUUGCCAACUGACAAAAUGCAGAGCAUUGUGGCAAACGUGGAAGGCUUAAGGUUCGAUUUGGAGACGGCUUUGGAGCAGCAAAUCGGGUCGCAACCUCUCCCUUUUCCAGGGAUGGAUAAGUCAGGCUCUGCCGUGUGCCAGUUCUACAAACAGAACAACUGCCAUAAAGGGAGCAUGUGUCCGUUCCGUCAUGUGGGUGGAGAGAAGAGCGUUGUAUGUAAACAUUGGCUGAGGGGACUCUGUAAGAAAGGAGACGAGUGUGAAUUUCUCCAUCAGUUUGAUAUGACCAAGAUGCCUGAAUGUUUCUUCUUCACCAAGUUUGGCAUGUGUAGCAACAAAGAAUGUCCAUUUCUUCACAUUGACCCAGAGAGUAAGGUCAGGGACUGCCCCUGGUACGACAGAGGCUUCUGCAAACACGGUCCCUCGUGUAAAAACCGGCACGUUCGAAGAGUCAUGUGUAAGAACUACCUCAAUGGCUUUUGUCUUGAAGGAUCAGAAUGCAAAUUCCAACACCCUAAGUUUGACCUUCCUGUGCUGGAGGUGAAGGAUGGUAUGAAGAAGUUGAUAUGUCACAAUUGUAGGGAGUCUGGGCACAAGGCGGUCAACUGCCCCAAGGCACCCAACCAAUGGAGCUCCUCACAACAAGGCAGACAACAAACAGACAGGGUUCUCGGUACGGUAGACACUAACGCUGGUGGAGGAAGCAACCAGAACCCAGGGCAGCCUCAGAGCAAUGGUCAACAUUUCCAAUCUCAUCGGCCAUUCAGGAAUAUGGACACCGUCAAGUGUUUUAAGUGUGGAGAGAUGGGCCAUUUUGCCAACAGGUGUCCCAAAGGGUACAACCAGGCAUUCUUAAACAACACCAAUAGUGACCAAAACCAUCAACCCAACAGGCAGUAGGUUUCCGUGCAAGUGAGAAAAUUCCUUCUUUAACAUCUUUACUGACCAGCCAACCGUUGCACUCUCAUUCUGACCCCAGAUCUAGCAGCGUUAACACUCAGUGCUGGAGGGGGUCUGUUGAGGAAUAGGUACAUGGGUCACGAGGGUUGGACUCAAACGUUGCCCUUGUGUAGUCUCACCUUUGCCUGGGUGACUUGGUUUGGACUCGAACCUUGAACAGCAUUAUCUGGGCCCUUAGGCUACUCGGUGCUGGAGGGGUCUGUUGAACAAUAGAUACAUCACUUGUGUUGGACCCGAAUGUUGCUCUUGCGCAGGGGGUGACUUGGGUUGGACUCGACCCUUGCCCUUGUGCAGUGUUAUCGAGGCCUGGACUCUGGUAUUGACUUUGUGUAGUCUCAUCUUUGCCUGGACGACUUGGGUUGGACACGAGCAUCAAACUUGGGCAGCAUCAUCUAGACCCCUAGGUCUGGACUCCUGUAUUGACAUUGUGGAGUAUCAUCUGCGUUGGCGACUUGGCUUGGACUCGAACUGUAAGCAGCGCCAUCUUUGCCCUAGUGACUUCAGUUGGACUCGAACAAUGGCCUUGUGCUGUCUCGUCUUUGCUUCAUUGCCUGGAUGACAUGGCUUGGACUAGAUCGUUGCUCUUGUGUAGUCCUAUCUUUUCCCUGGUGCAUAGGUUAGCCUUGUCUCAUCUAGGCUUAGUCUCAUCUCACCUCAUGCUUGUCAUGAGGACAUAUCGACUUGAGAGGGCACUCCGUUAAAAAAUGGCAAGCUAUUGUAUUGACAUGCCAUUAUAACUCUACAGUGGUGUGAUUUUGUUCACUUGUGUGCAGGUGAACUCCUGUGGAAAAUUCAACCUGCACCCCUCCACUAGGCUGGUUGAUGACAAAGCCAUGGGGAAAGUUUACUAAUGAGGUAUGGUGAUCCUCCAUAGAUCAGGAUAACAAAUGAAGUAAUUGAACUUUGAAACAAUUUUGAGACUUGGGGCGUACUCGUCUGUUCUUAAAGGAGCAACAGUAGAUUUUUUAAAGUUAAGUUUCACAACAGCUUUUUACUUUUAUCAAACCACUCAGGAUGCUACUUUUGUGCAUCACGGUUAUUUUAAGCUGGAUAAAGUCAUGCAUUAUAAUUUGCUUAUGCCUUUAAUUUUGAUUUUGCAAAAGUCCAUAUCACCAGAGCCCAAUUUCAUCGAGCUGCUUGAA